AUGACGCAGAAGUCGUAUCAAAUCCCUACGCAUCUUUCAGUCCCUCUUUUUUUAUUGAGCAGUACCUGCCAUGCUCUUUUGGACAGAUUUCUUGAGGAGAACUUCUCAGAUCAGAUGUAUCCUCAUCAUCUGGACUCAGAAGAUGACAGCCAACUGACCUCCUGUGAUUUUGAGUCACUGUGCCACUGGACUUUAUCAAAUCACAGCGACCAAAGUGACUGGUCAGUGGUGUUGCCCCAGCAACCAGAAAUCACUCAGACGGGGAUAAUGCCAGACACUGAUCACUCAGUGGGAAGCUCUGAUGGGCACUUCCUCCUCCUAAGCUCCACCCCUGCCGCAGAGGCCUCUAGGAGAUGCAAGUACCACUUAGCCAGCCCGGUCUUGCCAGGAAACAACAGGCACUGCAUCCUGCAGGUGGCUCUGUAUGAGUCCGGUCCAGCGGUGGGGAACCUCACGCUCCUGAUCAAGCCGGUUCACUCAGGCUCAGCUGUUCACUCUGUGGAUCUCAACCACAGGAGACCUGAUGAACGCAGGGCUGAGUGGGAGGUUCUGGAGACUGUGAUUGGUCAGGUGGACGAGCCCUUUCAGGUGAUUCUGCUCUACACUUCCUGUUUGAGCGAAGAUGGAGGCACCGUGGCACUGGACUCUCUGGAGCUCAUAGACUGUGAAUCAGAACACCAGGGCAUCGGACUGGACGCGGCUUGUGGGGAAUCUUUCCACUGUGAAAGUUCAGGCGGGUGCAUCGACCAGAGCCAAGUGUGCAACUUCCACACCGACUGUCCUUUAGGAGAAGACGAGGGCUUCAUCUGUGGUGCUCUUCCAUUUGGCUCUCACUGUUCAUUUGAGCUGGAUGCAUGUGGUUGGUCUGUGUCCAACCAUCACUCGGCCUGGAGAAGAGUAGCUGGAGACGAACUUCUGGAGAAAGAAGACAUGCAGGGUGUCACUCUGCAGAGAACCCCAGGGCACUUCCUGUUUCUGCGGGUAAGAGAGAGUAAUUCCCUGCAAGAGGCGUCCAUUCAGAGCUUGUCUUUCGCUCCCCCCGUCUCUACGACUGCAUGUCAGAUGCGUUUCUCUCUGUACCUUUAUGGAGACUUUAAUGGUACAUUGCUGGUGGCUAUAGAGGAGAAUGGGACUACGACUGCUCCCCUGGUCUGGGAGAGAAAUCAUCAGUGGACAGACGACUGGGAAGAUGUUGCCCUGCAGCUGACCGGCCUUCAUCAUGGAUUCCACGUAAAGGUGACAGCUGUGUGGGGAAAAGGCUCUAAUGCUGAUGUUGCUCUCGAUGACAUUGCAAUUGGAGCUGCCUGCUUUGACACAGAUCUGAACUCGCUUCUGCCCUUGACUCACUUGGAGGAUUUCUUAAGCCCCCUUCCAGAGCCUUUAGCCUCAGAGGUUUCAUUGAUGACAUGGUGGUUUAACUCAUGUGGUGCCAGUGGUCCCCAUGGCCCAACCCAGGCCCAGUGUGACAACACCUACAGGAACAAAAAUGUCAAUGUUACUGUGGGGAAGGAAGAUCCCUUCAAAGGAGUCCAGAUGUGGAGGGUUCCUGCUACGAACAGAUAUCUGAUCUCUGCUUAUGGGGCUGCAGGAGGGAAAGGAGCCAAAAACCACAACAAACACAACCAUGGGGUCUUCAUAGCUGCCAUAUUUCCUCUGGAGAAAGGAGAUAUACUUUACAUCUUGGUGGGCCACCAGGGAGAGGAUGCGUGCCCUGGGAGAAAUCCACACACGCAGAGGAUCUGCUUGGGAGAGUCGUCAGUGAUUGAAGACAAAGUCAGGGGAGAGACCGGUGGAGAGUGGGCUGGCGGAGGAGGCGGAGGAGGGGGAGCCACCUACAUCUUCAAGAUGGAGGUAGGUGAGCUGGUUCCCUUGCUGAUUGCGGCUGGUGGAGGAGGAAAUGCUUACUUGGAGGACCCAGAGUCCAGUCUGGACCAGAUACCACUGGAGCAGUAUGAAAACAGCACCAUAGCUCCCAGCACCAGUGGUCAAACCGGUGCUGCAGGUGGAGGUGGAGGCUGGAAAGACAGACCCAGUCCCCACCUGGAAGCAGGAAAGUCUCUGGUGGAGGGUCCUGAGGGGGGGUCCUCGUGUUCACUCGCUCUGUCCAAGCUCAGCUGGUCGACCUUUGGGGGCUUUGGUGGUGGAGGUGGGGCUUGCACAGCUGGAGGCGGUGGAGGAGGUUACAGAGGAGGUGACGCUGCGCUGACAGAUGAGAUCACAGCCGACGGUCAGAAUGGAAUCUCAUUCAUUCAUCCGAUGGGAGAGAUUUUCCUUCAGCCUCUGGCAGCCAUGGAGAGUCACGGCGAGUGUGAGAUCAAGGUGCAGCUGAACUGCAGCCACUGUCAAACACAGAGCUGCAAACGAGAUGAGGAUACCCACCUCAUCCUGUGUCUCUGCGACGGCGACGACGAAGUCCUGGCCAGUGACAACGUCACAUGUGUCAGCACCAUAGCUUCUCAAGGCCCGGCUCUGCAGGGCCAGAUGUCGACGUCUUUGAUCUUGGCAGUCGUGGUCUCCACCAUUGCGAGCGGCAUCGCGCUGAUCUGCACUAGUGUCAUCCUCAUGUGGUACCGCAGGAAGAACGACCUGCAUGCAGUGAGGGGGCAUCUGCACAGUCCAGAAUACAAGCUGAGCAAGAUCCGCUCCUCCACCAUCAUGACAGACUACAACCCCAACUACUGCUUUGCAGGGAAGGCCGCCUCACUCAAUGAACUGAAGGAAGUACCACGCAAGAACAUAACACUUCUCAGGGCUCUCGGCCACGGUGCAUUCGGUGAAGUCUAUGAAGGACAAGUUCUGGGGAUGAGCAGCGAUAACAGCCCCCUGCAGGUUGCCAUAAAGACUCUUCCAGAAAUCUGCUCCGAACAGGAUGAAAUGGAUUUCCUGAUGGAGGCCCUGAUUAUGAGCAAGUUCAGCCAUGACAACAUUGUGCGCUGCAUCGGCGUCAGUCUGAAUAUUCUGCCUCGUUUUAUCCUGCUGGAGCUGAUGACCGGAGGAGACAUGAAGAGCUUCCUGAGACAGAACAGGCCACGGGCUGGCCAGACCUAUUCUCUCACCAUGCGGGACCUGCUGCAGAUGGCCAGAGACAUCGCCUUCGGCUGUCGCUACCUGGAGGAGAACCACUUCAUACACAGAGACAUUGCUGCUAGAAAUUGCCUGCUUACCUGCCCUGGACCAGAAAGAGUGGCCAAAAUUGGCGAUUUUGGCAUGGCUCGAGACAUAUACAGAGCCAGCUAUUACAGGAAAGGUGGCCGUGCCAUGCUGCCAGUCAAGUGGAUGCCACCGGAGGCCUUCAUGGAGGGAAUCUUCACCUGCAAGACUGAUACAUGGUCAUUUGGAGUGCUGCUGUGGGAGAUCCUCUCUCUGGGUUUCAUGCCGUAUCCUUGUAAAACCAACCAAGAGGUGCUGGAGUUUGUCACCAGUGGAGGCAGAAUGGAUCCUCCCAAGAGCUGUCCGGGCCCUGUCUAUCGGAUCAUGACCCAGUGUUGGCAACACUGUCCCGAGCACCGGCCCAACUUCUCUACUAUCCUGGAGAGAAUUAACUACUGCUCUCAAGACCCAGAUGUGAUCAACACACCCCUGCCAGUGGAAAAGGCCCCCACCGCAGAGGACAAAGGCAGCACAAUAAUUCGCCCCUCUGACCACUCCUCCGCCAGCCUCACUCCGCUCCUGGUUUCCCAUCCUGUUUCCCAGGCUUUCCCCUCCCAGCUGGGUCUCUCCUCUCUGGGUCCAACACCUCUUCCCCCACAGCCUACCAAACCCCGUCUACUCCUCCAGAAGACCCAACCUGUCCACCAUGAAGUGACAUCAUGCCGCGAGGCUUUGCAGCCGAGCUGGGCUGAGCCUGUUCCUGCCCCUGGUUUGUCAACAGGAGGCCACUGGCUCCAACCUGAGUCUCCUCAUCACCGACCUUGCUCCAGAAACAGCUCCUCCUCGGGGAGCCAGAGGCUGAAGAACAAGACGAAGAACCUGUGGAACCCCACAUAUGGUUCCUGGGUUUUGGAAAACCUCCGGGGGAAGAAAACCCUCGCUCACACUCAGUCCAUGCCGCUCUCAAGCUCUGCUGCUACCGUCUCCAACACACUGACUCCUCAGACCUGCAACCCAACCUUAGAGAGCAACGAGGCUGAGUGCAACAGCACCCAUGUCAGCCCUUCCAGCACUCCCUCGACCUCAUCCCCAUCCUGCCUGGCUAAAUCUGCGCCGAGUACGUCCUCCCAUAAGGCCCCGACAGGCGGCACCAUAAAAGCUGGUAUGGACCUGGCUAAGCUCCAGAGUUUCCCCUGUGGCAACGUCAACUAUGCCUACGAUGAGCAAAGCUACGAGGCAGAGAGCCUUCCCUUGGUCAUGCCCAAAACCCCAGACGCCACGACAAACACCAGCUCUGCGCCCAGUGUCUCCUCAGGGACGAGCUUGGGACUGGCGUUAGGCCUCCAUAGCUCCUCAUCUUGUAUGCCCAAGCUGCUGCUGAAGCGCCACGCCAGCUACGGACACGAGGACGUGAGGAGACACAGCAAAGCUGAGAAACCCACCCGUGACCGGGACUCAGGCUUUUCUCUGUCCGAAGACCUCAGCGUUACCCCCAUUUAA